AUGCGCUCCUCUGUUCUAUCUGCCCUCGCCGUUGUCGCUGCUGCCCUUGGCGCGAACGCAACCAACAUCCCUUCGACAGUUACUCUAAGCACGACCUACCGCGAUGGCCCCACGGACACCCCCUCGUCAGUUGCUAUAAGUACGACCUACCGCUCGGGCCCCGUAAAUGGCAUCAGCACUACCUAUCGGUCUCAAUUACCCCCACUUGGCACCUCUUUCCCGUCCAGCUGCGUCGUCUUCGUCACGUCGAGUGUAGGUGCCAUUCCGGUCUCCUCAACCGCCUUCACCGUGCAACCGUCCGUCACCAGCCGGGCUCAACAAGAAAAUUGGAAGUCAACCGCCGUGACCAUCUCAUCCUCCCGAGCCGCCACCUACGUCGCCGACGGCACCACCACGAUUUACGCGACCGUCUACACCAGCUCGCUCGGUCCAGUGACGGUCUACCCGACUGCGUACCCUAGCGUCACUGCACUCCCGAUCUGUGGUGGCGGGUCAACGACGACUGCAAACGGGAAUGACGGCACGUCCUCGACUCUAGCUCCUACGGCCAGUGGAGCCACCCUCGCUCAGAACCUCGACUCGGACAACCAGACAGGCGCUGCGCCCUCGGUGAAGGCUGCCUUUGCGAGCGUCGCGCUCAGCAUCAUUGCGGGUUUGGGGUUGGUCGUUGCGCUGUGA